CGCGCGCGUUUCUCUCCCGGCACGGGCACCAACCCUGGCGAUGGCUGCAACUUCACUGUUAUCUGCGUUGGCCACCCGGCUGCUCCGGCCCGCGCAAAGCUGCCACCUCCUCCAUCAUCCCUUCCACCUGGCCGCAGUUCGAAAUGAAGCUGUUGUCAUUUCUGGAAGGAAACUGGCCCAGCAGAUCAAGCAGGAAGUGCGGCAGGAGGUGGAAGAGUGGGUAGCCUCUGGCAACAAGCGGCCACAUCUGAGUGUGAUUCUGGUUGGUGAGAAUCCUGCAAGUCAUUCCUAUGUCCUCAACAAAACCAGGGCAGCUGCAGAUGUGGGAAUCAACAGUGAGACAAUUGUGAAACCAGCUUCAAUUUCAGAGGAAGAGCUGUUGAAUUUAAUCAAUAAACUAAAUAAUGAUGAAAACGUAGAUGGUCUGCUUGUUCAACUCCCUCUCCCAGAACACAUCGAUGAGAGAAAGAUCUGCAAUGCUGUUUCUCCAGACAAGGAUGUUGAUGGCUUUCAUGUAAUUAAUGUAGGGCGAAUGUGUUUGGACCAGUAUUCCAUGUUACCUGCUACCCCAUGGGGCGUGUGGGAAAUAAUUAAGCGAACUGGUAUUCCAACCCUAGGGAAGAAUGUGGUUGUGGCUGGAAGAUCAAAAAAUGUUGGAAUGCCCAUUGCAAUGUUACUACACACAGAUGGGGCUCAUGAAAGACCUGGAGGUGAUGCCACUGUUACAAUAUCUCAUCGAUACACUCCCAAAGAACAAUUGAAGAAGCACACAAUUCUUGCAGAUAUUGUCAUAUCUGCUGCAGGCAUUCCAAAUCUGAUCACAGCAGAUAUGAUCAAGGAAGGAGCUGCAGUCAUUGAUGUGGGAAUUAACAGAAUUCAGGAUCCUAUAACUGCUAAACCCAAGUUGGUUGGAGAUGUAGACUUUGAAGGAGUCAGGAAGAAAGCCGGUUAUAUCACUCCUGUCCCUGGGGGUGUUGGUCCCAUGACGGUGGCAAUGCUAAUGAAGAAUACCAUUAUUGCUGCAAAAAAAGUGCUGAGGCCUGAAGAGCGGGAAGUGCUGAAGUCUAAAGAACUUGGAGUAGCCACCAAUUAACUGUUGUGUCUACUCUGCCAUGAAUAGCACUUCAAGCCAGUCCACGAGGUGAUCAAGCAUGUCAUUAGAAAUGCAAUACUUUUAAUUUAUUUUACUGAAAUGGUUUAAAAUGAUGCUUUGUAUUUAUUGAAAGCUUAAAAUGGGUGGGUUUUGUGCACACAUAGCUCUGCAGUACCUCACCAGGGAACACUCCAGUGUCAUGCUGGAUCAUAUGAUCUAGCCAAGAGAAGCCAUUAAUCUAGUGAUUAACAUAAGAGACUUGUCACAUCGAGAAUGGAUGCUUAACUUUGUCAAGCCACUCCGGUUAAAACUUUGCCUUUUCUAGGAUUGCAUUUCCCAAGUGCUUUUCCAAUAAGAGUUGAUACUCAUUUUAGGUUCCAAGCCUUUUGAGUUCAACUGGUCAAACCAAAGGAAAAAAAAAAUGUUAGAGAAAAUUAGGGGAAAGGAAGAAAUGGUAAUAGAGUGGAGGAAAAAAAAAGUCACCAUAAUUUUUAUACAUAUUGAUCAAUAACCAAAUUUAUCCAAAGAGAACUGAAUUGGCUGGAAAAAAGAAAAACAACAUUACUAGCUGUCUUUUUUUUAUUUUUUGGCUUCGUUGUUAGGAAAUGUCUUGGGUUGUUCCAUUUGCUAUUGCUUUGUGUUCCUUGGCCUUCAAUGAGUUCUCCCCAUUGUAGUUUUCUAGGAUUGAAAGGCUUGUUUUAUAAAUUAUUCAUGUGUAUUGCCAUAUUUGGCUGUAUCCUUUUUGCUAAAUCCAUUUUGCUAUAUCCUUAAACUUUAUUAUUCAGUUUUUGUAUUUUAGUGGGUAUCUGUAUGGUUCUUUGUUAUGUCUUGAAACCUAUUUUUGAAAAAUAACACUUGGGCUUGAUAAUCACUGGGCAGCUGGUGUAAAUAUGCAACUUUUCCACCAAAGAACUGUCACAGCUGCCUGCUUUUCUGUGAGCUUUCCUGAAAUAUUUUUAAAGAGCUUGAGUUAAUAUUGAAUUUAGACUUUCUGAUGAAA